UGUCGCGAAUGUCCGAGACAUAUGUGUCGUCAACACAAUAAUGAAUAUGUAACGGGUGUCAUAACGUCAACGUCGUUUGUUAUGCAAACAAAAUUCUUAACAGUAAGCCGAGCUGUACGCGUUUGCCGCGUCAGCCUAUAUCUCAUCAAUAAUAAGCACUCGUAUCCGAUGUGGCGAAAAAUGGCCACCAUCAUCAUCAGUCGUCGGUAGCAACUCGACGAGUACGUAUGUAUCAAAGUCACUUGGUCAAUCUUACGUGACCCCGCGACGCGCCGGCGCGUUUCAUCCGAGAGAGUCCGAGCCGAGCCGAUAUCGAAUCUCGAGCGCGCGCUCGUAAAAGUAUUCUGCAUCGCCGUUCUCUCUCAGUCGUGUAAGCGACACUGCGGAUCAAGGUUGUGCUUCGUUACGCAAGUAUAUCCACUGUAUCUGUACAUGAUAACCGUACGCAGAGGAAUAACAGCCAAGAUGCAAUCCAUCGUGAAUGUGCACCAGGAGCCGUGCGUGCCGAUCAUCUGAGCGCAAUUAGCGUAGAAACAAGGACGAAGAGCACAACAUACGAAUUCGGGCCCACGAAUACACGCACACCGUCCUCACCCAUCCAUGCGCCACUCGUUGCUGCAUCGACGACGAUCGUGGCAACGUGCGUGAGACGGGGGCUCAUCGUGUACUGUCUGUCGUGUUGUGUUGUCAUCGCGUGCACACGCACCGAAGAUGCCCGUACGACUCAGCAAAUUCGCCGUUGAUGCAACAUGCGCAGAAUACUCUCAUCCGUGGACGAGCUCAUGCAUCAGCUCGAACGCUGGUCUCGGCUUGCAUUCCCUCGAGGAGAGCCUGAGGAUAUAUACGACUCUUUACUUGUUUGCUCUUUUAAUGAAGAGAAAGAAACCAACGAAGGAAGACAUCAAGAAAACUAUAUUGGGUAUUUUACAAUCGACAGCAUUUCUUGCAUGGAGUGGUUUUUCUUAUUCAUUGUUUAUCUGCUGCUUGAGCCGGCUACUUGGGCACUUAAACAUCUUGACUGUGUCUUAUGUUCCGUCCUUUUUAUCUAGUCUAACUGCUAUUCUAAUAGAAAGACCUUCUAGGCGUCCGUUAUUAUGUCUCUAUGUAGCGAACGUUGCCACAGAAACGUUGUUUAGAAUGGGUGUGUGGAGAGGAUAUUUUUCACCUAUUCCGAAAGGGGAAGUCUAUAUCUUUGCUGUGAGUGCAGCUGUGUUAUUGUACUUUUUCCGUUCCAAAGUGAACAAGCAAGAUUCCAUAUAUAAGAUAUUGAGGCUAAUUAUUGGACCGUAUGAAGAGACUGAAUACGCCGUGAAAAAAGAUUCUCAUUCCAAAGCCUCCUUCGAAAGUGUCGAAGAUAACAGUAUAGAGGAGAAUAACGAUAUACGGAAGAAAUGCAAGAAGAAUAAAUUUAGUAUUCUUCAAAAAUCUUUUGAAACAUACAAAUAUUUAAUAAAUAUUUUGAAAGCGCGCAGCAGACAUGCCUCGUGUCCACAUCCUUAUAGCUGUGCGCAUUAUAUUUUAACGGGUAGUGCAAGAGCUUUCAGUUAUGGUAUUGGCGGGCAAUUAGCACUUCAACUAAUCCUUCAAUUUAAAAAAUUACUUCGGAAUCCUAAACUAAUAAAAACCACCAUCCUUCGAAGAGAAAACCUAAAUCUGGCUAUAUUCCUUGGAGGAUGUUCCGGCCUUUUCAGGGUAAUAUCAUGUUUGUUAAGAAGAACGUUCCACAAGGAUUCACACAUUUAUGCUAUUCCCGCUGGAUUUAUCGCGAGUAUGGCAUUUAUGACAUAUCCCAGUAACGUUAUAGCGUUAUACUUUAUGUGGAAGGCAUUACAGUUGCUGUGGAAUGACGCAGUGGAAAGCGGAAAAGUACCUGAAGUAAAAUGGUUCAUGAUCUUGUGGUAUUGUCUUAGUACCGCACUUCUUUUCCAUGCAGCUAUAAUAGAACCACAAAACUUGCGAUCAUCUUAUUUCAAAUUCCUCUAUAAUAUGUCCGGUGGAAGGAUAGCGGUGAUGUCCCGAAUACCAUUAGAUAUGUUCGGUUUAGAAUCGAGCAAAAAUUUGAAAGAAGUGCUAAGAAAAACGCAUCUGACUGAUCAAAUUAGUUAUUCGUUCUAAAGUAGCUCCCGAAGAUGAAGCGACAAUACGUACCUUAGUUCAGAAAACAUUAAGACUUGAGACGUCAUAAAGCAUGUCUUUGAGAUAACUCUUAGACAUAUAUGUUGUGUGGGAGCUUAUUUUUUUUUUAAGAACAUACUGUUUUGCUGAACCAAAGAAGUAAACAGAUGCAUUAUGUGCACUUCUAAAGCAUGUUAUAAUAAAUAAUUGCGAUAGUUAAUGGGAUGGGAUAAAAUACGGUUUUAAAUAAUAUAUACAGAUAUAUACGGUAACGACGAUGAUCUAGGACAUAAUCAAGUACUUUAUAUACGUACGCAAAACGAUUUCAUAACUUUUACAAGUACUGGGCAAUAUCAAUGAAAUAAUGUCCAGUUAUUAAUUUCAUUGUAAUCCACGAAUAUGGUUCAUUGACUUUAGUCCCGUCCCUAAACGCGAUGACAAAUUAUUAUUUGUAUGUGCGUGAUCUAAUGUUGUACAUACUAUAGUGGAAAAUGCAUAUAUUUAUCUGUAUAGUGUAAAAUGCACGUAUCUUAUCGAGUUCUAAAAUUUUAACAUGAAAAAAAAACUAACGGCCUCUUCUCUUUUCAAACGUAUUUCAAAGCAACGAUGCUUGUAUGUUGUGAUAUUGGAUAAACUUGACACUUUUAUAACAGAUACAGUUGUACAUGUAACAUUUGUUAUAAUGUUUAUACAUGUGAGAAGCAUAUAAGGGAGAAAUAGGCGAAUGAAUUAUUUAUACUUGGAUGUGGUUGCUGUGUAAUAAUUACGAUAGCGGUAUACUUGUGUAGAUAUUCUUUCGAAUGCAUAGUGGGAGAAAUGUAUACUUUUCCUCAUUUCUGUAAUAUUAUCUAUAUAUAUUUUUUUAUGUCUAGCAUUAAACAGAGAGAGAUAUAUACCGCUUAAAAGGUAAAUACUCCACGAUAAAAUUGAGUUGUUCUAACAAAUUUUAUUAGAAAUACAUGUAAUUUAUUUGUUA